CGCGGCCGGCGGUUCCCACGUGGUGCCGUGACUGGGGUAGCGGGCUCUGGUCCUCGCCGACUUCCUGGGCCUGUGCGCUGCAGAAAUGCCCAAGAUCAAGUCUGGGGCGAGCGGCCGGUGCCGCGAGCGGCAGCAGGGCCGGGAGCUGAAGAGCGCGGGAGGACUCAUGUUCAACACGGGGAUUGGGCAGCACAUUUUGAAAAAUCCUCUUAUUGUUAACAGCAUUAUCGAUAAGGCUGCCUUAAGACCAACUGAUGUGGUGCUGGAAGUUGGACCUGGAACUGGCAAUAUGACUGUUAAGUUGCUAGAAAAGGCAAAAAAGGUAAUUGCCUGUGAACUUGACCCAAGGCUAGUAGCUGAACUGCACAAAAGAGUUCAGGGCACACCUCUGGCCAGCAAACUUCAAGUAUUGGUGGGUGAUGUGUUGAAAACAGAUUUGCCAUUCUUUGAUGCUUGUGUAGCAAAUUUGCCUUAUCAGAUCUCUUCUCCUUUUGUCUUCAAGUUGUUGCUGCAUCGACCUUUUUUCAGAUGUGCUAUACUUAUGUUUCAAAGAGAAUUUGCUCUCAGACUGGUUGCAAAACCUGGAGAUAAGUUAUACUGCAGACUCUCAAUUAAUACACAGCUGUUAGCCGGUGUGGACCAUUUAAUGAAAGUUGGAAAGAAUAACUUCAGACCACCACCCAAGGUGGAAUCCAGUGUUGUAAGAAUAGAACCUAAGAAUCCGCCACCACCUAUCAAUUUUCAGGAAUGGGAUGGCCUAGUAAGGAUCACCUUUGUUAGGAAAAACAAGACACUGUCUGCUGCAUUUAAGUCAAGUGCAGUACAGCAGUUAUUGGAAAAAAACUACAGAAUUCACUGUUCGGUCCAUAAUACUAUAAUACCAGAAGAUCUCAGCAUAGCAGAUAAAAUACAGCAAAUCCUAACCAGCACAGGUUUUAGUGACAAGCGGGCCCGUUCCAUGGACAUAGAUGACUUCAUCAGAUUGUUACAUGGAUUCAAUGUAGAAGGUAUCCAUUUUUCUUAGGUAUCUGGAAAACAGAAUUUUCAAACUCAAGAAAAGAAACUUGAAUUAUAUAUUUUUAAUAAUUUGAGAAGAUAUGUAUGCUUUUCCUCCACUGGAACACUGUGCUUGACUAUUUUUGAUUUAAUGUUAUUAUUACUAGUAAUUAGUCCAAAUUUCUAAGGUACUUAAGUCAAUUUUAAGUUCCCAAGUUUUUUUUUUUCUUUUCGGUUUGUUUUUAAUAUUUAACACAGGGCAGGGUCCAGUCUAUACAUGAUAAUUUUCAAGAGCCAUAGACACAACUUGACACUUAAACUUCAUUUCUAACAGGUUGUUGUAUAAAGAUGUUACUCUAUUGUCUAUGUUAUAUAUUACUGUGAAGACCAAUUUAGGCCUUCAACUCUUUAGUCCUUUAUUCUUCAGGUAUAAAGUUAAAUAUGCUUAACUGAGUCACAUAUUCCCCAUAUCAUUUAUUAUUAUUCAUAUGUACAGUAAAACAAUUUUCUUAUAUUUAAAAAAAAAAA